AUGAAAUUACUCAGCAACAACACGGCUCUGGUCUCUGAAUUCCUCCUUAUCUGCUUCCCUAACUACCAGAGUUGGCAGCACUGGCUGUCCCUGCCCCUCAGCCUCCUCUUCUUUGUGGCCAUGGGAGCCAAUGCCAUCCUCCUGAUCACCAUCUCCCUGGAGGCUUCUCUGCACGAACCCUUGUACUACUUGCUCAGCCUGCUCUCUCUGCUGGACAUCGUACUCUGCCUCACCGUCAUCCCCAAGGUCUUGGCCAUCUUCUGGUUUGACCUCAGGUCCAUCAGUUUUUCUGCCUGCUUCCUCCAGAUGUUCAUCAUGAACAGUUUUCUCACCAUGGAGUCCUGCACAUUCGUGGUCAUGGCCUUUGAUCGCUAUGUGGCCAUCUGCCACCCACUGCGGUACCCAUCCAUCAUUACUAACCAAUUUGUGGCCAAAGCUAGUGUCUUCAUUGUGGCUCGAAAUCUUUUACUGCUUUCACCUGUCCCCAUUCUCUCUGCUCGGCUUCAUUAUUGUGGAAAGAACGUCAUUGAGAACUGCAUCUGUAGCAACCUGUCUGUGUCCAGGCUCUCCUGUGAUAAUUUCACACUUAACAGAAUCUACCAAUUUGUGACUGGUUGGACCUUGCUGGGCUCAGAUUUCAUUCUCAUUUUCCUCUCCUAUACCUUCAUUCUAAGGGCUGUGUUUAGGUUCAAAGCUGAGGGGGCUGCAGUGAAAGCCUUGAGCACAUGUGGCUCCCACUUCAUCCUCAUUCUAUUCUUCAGCACCAUCCUGCUGGUGGUUGUAUUGACAAAUGUAGCCAGAAAGAGUGUCCCCAUGGACAUCCUGAUCCUGCUCAAUGUCCUUCAUCACCUUAUUCCUCCUGCCUUGAACCCUAUUGUGUAUGGAUUUCAUACCAAAGAGUUAAAACAGGGAUUUCAGAAGUUGCUGAAGGGGAGGCUUUGA